AUGUUCGACAUUCAACAAAAGCGGCUUUAUCCAUCAGAGCACAAUGCAGAAGAUAUCAGACGUCUUCAAACACAAGUUAGAGUAUUCAAACGAUGGGUGAAUGUGUUAUUAAAACAGGCGAAUGCCAAACAAAUCAACGAUGUACUAGAGAUAUUUACUGAUCAUGAGAAUUUGUAUAACUUAUGCAAGUAUUUGGCAAGUCAAAAAGUAACAUGCAGCAAACAAACUUUUCCCGAUCAUACACCUCAUUUGGAGCGUGCAAUUACAAUUCUUGAAAAAUUAUACGGAAAUGAAAUAGCAUCUGCAGUUCAAGCUUCACUCUCUGAAUUUACUAACAGUCCUGCAUUCGAUUCAGAUAAGCUACUUUCAGAAUACUCUCCAGAGUCGAAAACAACAGCGUUUAAUUUGCUUGUUCUCGGUCUGGAUACGCUGUGGAUCCUGAUUGUUGCUAUUCGAGCUGGGACAGGUCCAUCAACAAACUUAGUGGGAUCAAUCAGUUCAUCAGGGUCAACGAUAACUAGACGAAGUCAAAGUAUUGCUUCAACUGGUCAUUCAGCACCAGCUACACUUGUUUCAACAAGAACACCAUGUGUGGAUAGAUGGUUAAUAAGUCAAGAUAAGAGAUUACUCGCUUGGUGUGUUGCAGUGACAGAGGGCUAUCCUGGUAUCAGUAUUACCAAUUUUACACAUUCUUGGAGGGAUGGUUUGGCAUUUCUAGCCAUAGCGCAUCAAAUAAGAGGGGAAUUAUUUGCAUUUGAAUCCCGGUUAGAGAAAACAGCCAAUCAAAAUUUGUCACUUGCUUUUCAUUUAGCAACAGCAGAAUUUGCUGCACCUAGACUUCUAGAACCAGUUGACAUGCGUCCAGAGAAUGUAGAUGCACGAUCGACUGCUGUGUAUCUUUUGGAACUGCGUAAGGCAGUUGAAAGGGAUAGAAAACGUCGAUCUAGAGGUAUUCUAGAAAUACAAACGUCUGCUAUGAUUCAUGGACAGACAGGUGAAGAGCCGAAUGUGUUAGUCGAAAGUAGAUCUUCACCAACAUCAACAAGUAGUACUUCAGAGCUUACCUGGCUUGAUGAUGAAAUUGAAGGUGAUUCUGAUGAUGAUUUUGAUACGGAAGGUAAUCCGAAUCGUCUACCUGAUCCAGAUAAUUUUGAAACAAUAAUUGAAAGUACACUUGCUUGGUUAUUAGCCAUGGAAGAACAAUUUGGACAAAAUGAUCUACAAGAUGAUACGCGUAAUUUCACUAAUUAUUCAUUAAAUAAGGCUGAACAUCUACAGUCAUUGCACAAUGAAGAGGAUAAGAAUUUCAUUGCACGUCUUCAGAAAGCCAAUUCAACUGAAACUAAACUAAUGCAUGCUGGUAUCCUGAAAAAUAUUGAUGAAGCCAGAGAUCGAUUUGAAACACAUGAGGAUUUGACAGCGCAUUUAUCACGUCGCCAAAUGGCUGUUGGUCGUUGUCUGCGUCUUGGGAAUCGUUUAAUAAAAAUACAUGAAAAUUUAGGCAAUAUUUUAAAAGCUAAUGGAAGUGAAGCAGGUGUUAAAUGUACCCACAAUGGUAGUGGUGGUUGUGGUGAAGAAAAUGAUGCUAAUAGUGAUGAAGAGAAGCAAAGACAACUACAGCUACAACAAAAAUUACGUGAAUUAGACCCUCUUGUAAUUCAAAGGCAAACUGUUCUUCUGGCGACAAGGUGGAAUAAUUUGUGUCGUUUAAACUCCGCAAUAGGCAAACGUAUAACUGCCAAUCUGCUAAGACGACAAACUAUGCUUUUGAGUGCCAUACGCAUUCAACUUGAUAAGCUGGAAAGCGAACAGAACACUCAAGCAAGUCAAUCGAUUGGUCCAUCGAUUACUGAUGUAAAGAAACAACUUGAAGCUAAUCGACAUCUGGAACAAUUAAUUGAAUCCGGUGAAGCUUUAGCUGAACGCUUAGACAACUUCAUAACUAUAGUUCCACAAAAAACAACUGAUAAUGAUGAAAAUUAUGUAAAUGAACGUGGAUUAGAAAAUGUGAUAGCUGAAUUGGCUACACGAUGGAGUCGUUUAGUUGGUUGGGUGAAUACACGUUAUGCUUCCUUACAGAAUGCUUUAUUACACUGGAGACAUUUUGAAGAAGAAGCAAGUGUUUUAUCAGACUGGUUAGAUGAACGUACAGAAGAAGUGAACAAAAUGUUAGUCAAUAUUCUUCCAUCAGUUACAACUAAUUCAAAGGAAUUUAUUGCCACCUCACAUUCACGUCACAGUUCACUUGGUAAUGAUGUGGAGAUGAUGCAUGAACAAAAAUUGUCGAAUUAUAAAUUUCUCGAAAGAGCUGGAUCCAGUGGCAGUUCAGUUAUGGAAACACAGGAUAGCAUGGAAAGAAUCACCGUAUCUAAGGAUAACUUAAAUCGUGACAGUUUACAGAUGAUUUUGACUCAAAAUGAUGCUGAAAUGGAAGCAAUUGAUGCCUGCUUAUCACCACACGAAUCUCGUUGGGCACAAUUAUUGGCUAGCUUGGAUCGUCGAGCACAAGCAAUACGUGAAGCUUGUGGUGACACAGAUAGUGUUAGCCGUUUAGUUGAAAAAAUAGUUGACCAGUUAGUAUCACGUUGGAGUCAACUACGGGAUCCUCAAAUCAACUGUGAAGAUUGGCCUGAGAAAGAUUUAAAAGAUGUUGAAAAAUAUGUUGAUUCUACAACUAGAACAGGCCUAUUGAGCAAUAUUCCAAAUCACUCAUUGACAAAAUCUGAACAGAACUCACAAUCAGAAACUAAACGAACGGCUGAAGGUCACCUUGUACUUCCCAAAGCGACAAAAAUGUCACGUUUCGAUAUGCAACCGCCACCAUCGCCAACUGGUUAUCGGGCAGAGUUUGAAGCUAAAGCUGAAGAACUGUUAAAUUGGUUGGAUAACAGCGCUGAAAUAUUAGAGUUAAUUACAAUGGAUAAACGUCGUGCCCUUGAAGCAAGUGGACAAGCUCAGGCUUUAGGUCGGCAUGUUAUAUCUACCCGUCCUGGUAAAGACAAUAAUAAUGAGGAUGAGGAUGAUGAUGAUGACGCCAUCCACGUGAUCAAUCGUGUAACCAAUGAACUUGACGACUGGCGAAACAUUAAACAACGUGUUCUACUAUUAGGAGAACAAUAUCGAGAGGAAUUAUCUCAAGCCGGUGAAAAUAUCGAAGAACUGGACCAACUAUUCGAUGAGGUUGAAGAAAGAUGGAGUUACCUUGAUAAAUUGCUUGUGGAAGCCAAUCGCCAGGUCCGGAUUACAAAUCAGAGUGCUGAGUUUCAGCAAGAGGCAGCCAAAAUACAUGCGUUAUUAUCUCAAUCACAAGAAGAUUCAGUAGAAAGGAAUUUCAAUGAUAUACAAGAAAACGAAGAGAAACGAACAAACACCGCAGAUUCGAAGUCAUUAUCUAGCGAACUUAAGUUCCAUUCAAACAGUGAUUUAGACUUCAGUAGCACAGACAUCGGUCAGAGAUUGGAGGAAAUCACAAUAUUACUAAGUCAGGCAAAAGAAGUUAUUUCACAGCCUAUAAGUAUUCGCCACCCUGAAGAUGCAGAUGAACAAUUAGGAAAUUUAAAUAAAAUGCUGAAAGAUUUUGAAGCAACAGCACAAUUUCUAGUCAGCUUAGAAGUCAAUUCAUCAAGUCAGUUGGACUGUGUCAGUUGGAGUGAAAAAGUUAAAGAAUUACGAGAACAAUAUGAAACUGUCUGCACAGAUUUGACUGAACGUAUUAAUUUCCUACAAGAUUUAUCAGAACAACAUGAAUUAUUUUUGAACCAAUUUGAAGGAAUUGAAAAGUGGCUCGCAGAUAUGACAGAUUACUUGGAUUCCGUAUCACGAGCCCAUUUACCGUCAGUUCCAGUUAUUCAGGCACAAUUGCAGGAGAGCUGUGAAGCCUUGAAUGAUAUGAAAACACUGAAACCAACUUUACAAAAAGUCGAUGAAGUGGCACAAAGACUGUUGGAGUAUUUUAGUCCCACUUAUGCUGAAUUGACGACCAAUCGUCUUCAAUCUCUACACGAUGACUGGAAUGAGGUGAAAACUUUGACAAAGUCCAACAGAGAUCAUUUGAGGGCUAAAUUAGCUGAAGCAAACAGUACAGCUGCAGUGAACAGAAAUCAAGAUGUUACUGGAACUGUCCCAUUGUCGACUAACUCAGCUAAUCAAGAGACACUGAGUAAAAAUGACCCGGAUGACAAUCACAAUACCGUUCCUGCUACUACUAAUAAUGCUGAGGACAAAAACAAUGACAGUAAUGAUCAUAGGUAUAAUGGUAAUACUUCAUCAUCAGUACCUACCACUGAGGUCACGGAGACCGCCAUUGACCCAGUAGGAUUAUCUCCAGCCACCAAAACUAUCACUGCACCAAAUACUGUACAUGUGGAUAUAGAAGCGCUUGAAGACUGGAUGCUUCAGUCCAAAGACCAAUUAUCCCACUUUGCAGUUAUAAGUGAUCCAGGAGAUUUGAAGAAACUGGAGAAUGUUAUCAAGGUGAUCGGUGAUAAAAUUACGGAGAAUCGACCUGUUUUAGCUGCAAUCGACACAUGCAAUGCAGUCAAUUUAAAGGGUCAGUCAAUUCUAGAUACUGACGCUUUGUUGACAAAAGCACAUUUUGCCGAUUUGGAGUCCGCUGUCGCAGCUGAAAGAGAACGUUUAAUGGCAGCAGUUUAUCACUUAGAUGACUUUAAAACUGUAUUAAAUAGUGAAAAACGAUGGUUUGAAACUGUUCGUACAAUAAAUGAUCGUAUUAAAGGUAGUAACUAUUCUGACCUUAGUGAGAUCGCUGAUGACUUAGAAUCAGUUGACAGACUGUCACGAGAGCAUACAAUUGAUGAUGAAGAACGAUUGAAUAAACUGGCCAAUUCAUUAAAUGAAUCACGUGUUAUGGGGAGUGUAAUACUCAAAGAACUUGAAAAGUAUAAAACAGAAUUAACCUUAAUUAAAGUUGAAAUUAAUUCAACGACAACUUAUCUUAAAGGACUCCUCAGUCAGUUACGCUCAUUUGAAGAUCGUGUUAUAGAAAAUGAAAGUAAUCUACUAAACAUUGAAAAUGAUAUUGAAAAUUGCUUGAACAAUGGACAUUUCGACAGUGAUAUUGUUGUAUUAUCGGAUAAAUGGCAAAUGCAUAUAAAGAAUACAAAUAAUUUAAUUAAAGAAAUGGAUGAAAAUAUUAAGUUUAAAUCAUUAGAGCCAGAAAAUGAAUGCCUGGUUCGUCGUUUAAAGGCAUAUAAAGCCCAGCUUCAGGAACGUGUUGCGCCUUUAAGUAGGCUAAUGUCACAGUUAUCCAGUUCAUCUGACCAUCAAGCACGUUUAAAUAAGCUGUGCAUGGAAAUAAAGCAAAUAGAAAGUAAAAUUUGUACACUGGAUGUUAUCUCUGUAGACCCAGAGGAUAUUAAAGCAGCAGUCAAUAGUGGAAGAACAAUGCUUGCAGCACUGAAUGAACUAAAAACUGAUUUACUGAACAUAAUGGAUAAUGGGGAUUCUAUAUAUGACGAUGAGACAAGUGUGCUAACAGCAAAGGCAAACAACGAAUUAAGUAUGCUGUCUGAUAAACACAAUCAAUUGGUUAUGCGAAUCCUAUCAGCUUUGGAACGUUUAGAUAAAGCUUUACCACUGAUCGAAGAAUUGGAAAGUUUAAUGUCACAAAUAAACGACAAUUUGCUGAGUGUUGAGGAAGUAACUGACUACCUAGAAACAGCAGACUGUCCAAUUUCAAGAAAAGAUUUAUUACAGAAAAUUUAUAUGAAAUUAACACGAUUAUGCCAAGAGAAUGGUACAGUCUGGCAAAUUCGACAAGUAGCAAGUAAACUACGAUCAUUGACGCCAGCAGACAAACCAGAAUUAACUGUUGAUUUGUUCAAUGAAAUUGAAGAUCAUUUGCGCAAAGUUAUUAUGGCUAAAGAAAUCUUUCAAUCACAGAUAGAAGAAGCAGAAAAAGACACAAAACAAGAUGAACUAUUUGAUACUACCACAACAAAUCAGCUGAAAUUGAGAGAUAUCUCUACACCAGAAUUUAUUGAUAAACUCUCGAUUGAAGUCUACUCAGACGCUAUGUUGAAGAAAUCUUCACAUGAUAACUUGUUAUCAAUUAAUCGAUUAACUGAUAAUCUUCUGAAAUCUGACAGCCAAAUAUCCUCAACAGUAAGAAAUUUAGCCUGUGAAAUACGCAUACAUUUCAAUGGAAUCUUGAGUUUUAAUCAUUAUUGUUUGGGAUCCAGUAUGCAAUUACCUUCAGACACAAAUGAUGAGUAUUUUUCAUCACAGAAGGUUAUCUUAGAAACGUCAAUAUCUGAAAGAAAAACCUUGUUACAGACGUAUUUCAAAUUUACACAAUCUUUAUUUGCACAACAAAGAUUGUACCUAGAAACACGAUUAAGGGAUUUAAUUGUCACAUGUGGUAACAGUGAUUCGUCUGAUCGACUUGAAGAUUUGUUAAAUCUGCAGAGCUUAUGGUAUGAAACAAAUGAAAAAUUCAGUAAAAAAUUUGAGGAAAUGACCUUAUUGGAGAAACAGCUCAGUAUGAUUCAGCAACUAUUUAUUGAUUAUGCGAAAACUCCAACAACUGAUCUGUAUGGUCAGUGCUUAGAAAUUAUCAAUGAACUGGAGAAGAAAUAUGGUUGGCGAUUGACAGCAGAUAGAGAACGAUUAAAGCACAACAACACUAGUGAUGGUGUAGACAUGAGUCUAACUGAUUUAAAAAAUAAAUUUAUCACUGGUGACCAUGUGUUCGAUGAAACUCUAUUAAAUGCUUAUGAAAAACAAUUACAAUGUACCAAUCGUUUAUUGAAUUGUAUACAGAAUGAUUUGGGUCGGUGUCGUGAUGCUUUGACUUCACAGAUUGGUGCCAGUAUGGAUACUUUGGAAGGUGAACUACACGCUUGUAGUAAAUCGUUGACAGACUCGGCGAGAAUUCUCAAGGAGAUUAAUGACAAUGAGGUACAGUCUGUGAAGGGAAAAAGUCAAGAUGAUCCGCUGUGCCAAGGUGAUGCUAAUGUCAGUGUACAAGAUAACGAUGAAAUGGUUUGGCUUAAAGUUUUACUCUCAACUCAAAAAAGUAGACUGGAUAGUUAUAUAAAAGAAUACGAAUUAAACAGAAAUGAUUGGUUCAAUCGUUACCAAAUGUGGCAGUCGUUCAAUGCUCGACUGAUGGAUUUGAAAACAACAACUAACAAUCUGUUGAACUUGCAAAAUGAAGACAAGAAAAUCGAUAUGUCAAGUAUUGAGAAUAAAAUUAAAGACACAUGUCUGGAAUUCUCAUUAUUACGACAACAUAGUUCAAAGUUGAUGGGUAUGAAUUCAUCUCGUAUAAAAGGACCAAUUAAACAACAUUCUCUACCAUCUAGCAAUAAUAAUCCAUCUUCAACAGCAACAAUAACACCAACAACAAAAGAAGAUAUGCCUGUUAGUAAUUUAGAGAAUGAAACAGUCGACUUUACACCAAUAGAUAGACAUUAUAAAGAUAAACCGCCAUCAGUUCCUCCACGUCGACACAGUCUUUACCGAGGAAACAAUAUUCAAUCGAUAGAGCAAGAUCAUGAAUUUGUGAGAUAUGAAAUGAACAGACUGGAAAAUGAACUACUUAGUUUAUGCCGUAAAUAUGGAACGCCAAAUUAUGUUACAGCAAAUAUGACAACAAGAAAUCCAACUGCACUCAAUUAUCCAGAUAAAUCAGUAAAUCAGUUCAACCAGUCGCAAAAGAUGUCCAGCAGCAAACCAUCUAAUGAAAACAGUCAAAAAGUAUACAGUCAAGUGUUCGCUGUCAAAGAAAUUCCACUUAAUGCUGACUUGACAACCAGUUCUUCAGUGAGACCAAUAAAGCACCAGACAAUGAAUUCCGAUGAUAUACGAACAUGUUUGACAGGAUUAAGUGAAUCUAUUGACUGGUUCAUUCAUGAAUCUUAUCUGGUACCUAUAAAUGUAGUUGAGUGUAUUGAAAGUGGGACGACAGUAGAUUACUAUAUGGAUCAUCGCUUCUGGUGCAUAUUAUCACGCAGUAGUUCGCCUGUGGACAAUGAUGGAUCAAAUGAGAAUAUAAUUGAAGUUAACGCUAAUUUUGUGCAAAUAAAGCUUCGGGAACUGGAUAAUAUUGAAUCAAAAUCACUGGAAUGGAAGAAUUGUAUGAAUGUGUUUUGUGAUAAGGCUAAAUCACUACUCAAAACAGGUUACGAUAGUAGCAGCAGUAGCAGUAGUAAUACAAGAGCAGAAUUAUUGUUAAAUCAAAGUGUCGAUUUGAAUAGAUUAGAAGACACGUGUUCUAAAGCAGAAAAUGUUUUAAGUUUAGCCUUUAUGUCGCUACGCAGAUACAGAGAAAUUCUGCAUACCUUUAAGACAAAUCUAGCUAAAUUUGAAGGAUGUCUACGACAAAUUGAAUUGAUCAAAAACUCUGUUGACGAUCCAGAUCAAACUGUUCAAGAUUUAAGUGUAGGCGAAUGGUUGAAAAGUCUGUGCCAACAAACUAUUCCACACAAAUCGAAACGUGAUGGACUUGCAACAAAUGAAUAUAUCAAAGAAUUAGAUCCACAGUAUGGUAAACUGGGCAUACAAUUAGUAUUACUGGGAAAUCUUUGGAAGAAUGCUCAGAGUCAUUUGUAUGAAUUAAACAAACUUAAUCAUGGUUCACUGAGAUUUGUAUACUCGGCGUCAAUUCACAAUUAUGUUCAAGAGAUAUUAAAUGAAUGGGAUAAUUUGAGUAGUCUGCUACAACUGUCAUCAGAAUCACAGUCUACAGGUGGGGUGUCAUCAGUAAAUGCUCUAGAAAAUUAUCCUCUAAAGACUGAAAUUUCAACAAACACUGGAUCUGUACUGGGAAUCCGAUGA